UUGAGGUGGUGAUGGCUGUGAAUCUGAUCCAACAGUUUCCCCGAAAUGAGUUCCCUCUCGUCAAUUUGCUCAUCAAAUUCAAAACUAUUGCCUGGCCUGGUUAGUGGUUUCGCAGUAAGAAUAAAUAGUUGAGGACUUGGUUUGGAAGUCAUUCCAAACAAGUCUCAAUUUUUAUCUUAUAUUUCGAAUUGCAUAUAAAUAGCAAGAGAUUAGCAUAUCAUGUGUGGCAGGGAAGCAACCAAACCAAAGUGUACAGUGCUAACAGCUAAACAUGACCGCACUGACCCUCCUCCAAUUCUGGGCACCGACGACGACACCGGCUUCUAACUCUGCGUCUAAUGCUCCCAAAGCCCAAUCUUCACCGAUUCAAGCCCCCAGCCUCAACAAAUGCUCCAACAUGGCUGAGCUCAGGCAAUUUCAUUCUCAGCUCAUUCGACUUGGCCUGUCCUCUAAUAAACAUGUAAUCACUCCAGUCAUCAAGUUCUGUUCCGUCUCCGACGACGGUGAUUUACUUUAUGCUACCAAGCUGUUUGACACAAUUCCUGAACCAGAUGCAUUCGUUUAUAAUAUCAUUAUUAAAGGCUACCUGCAGCACCAGUUACCCAGGAACUCCAUUCUUCUCUAUUUUCGCAUGUUACAGGACUCUGUUAUGCCCAAUGGCUUCACUUUCCCCUCAGUAAUUAGAGCCGCUUGUCUAGAUAAUAAUAUUAAACAAGGGAACCAAAUUCAUGCCCAAGUUUUGAAAUUCGGUUUUGGAGCUCAUGUCUUUUCUCUAAAUAAUUUGAUUUAUAUGUAUAUGAAGUUUCAAGCAGUGGAGGAAGCCAGGAGAAUCUUUGAUAGAAUGCCUGACCAAAACUUCGUCUCCUGGACCAGUUUGAUUUCUGGGUAUUCUCAGUGGGGAUUUGUUGAUGAAGCUUUUGAAGUUUUCCAGUCCAUGCCUGAAAGGAAUUCUGCUUCUUGGAAUGCCAUGAUGGCCGCCUUUGUUCAGAACAACAGGUUCCAUGAAGCGUUUGCUUUGUUUAAUGGGAUAAGAGAAGAGGUGGUGGUCUUGGACAAGUUUGUGGCAGCUAGCAUGUUAUCGGCUUGUGCAGGACUAGGUGCUUUAGAGCAGGGGAAGUGGAUACAUACCUACAUUGAGAAUAAUGGAGUUGAGAUGGACUCCAAACUUGCAACAGCAUUGAUUGACAUGUAUUGCAAAUGUGGUAGCCUGGAGAAGGCUUUUGAUGUUUUCAACAGCUUGCCUCACAAAGAGAUUUCUUCUUGGAAUUGCAUGAUCGGAGGGCUAGCAAUGCACGGUCAAGGAGAAGCUGCCAUUAUGCUAUUUGAGGAGAUGGAGAGGGCAAUGGUAGCUCCUGAUAACAUUACUUUUGUGAAUGUCCUUAGUGCAUGUGCUCAUUCUGGUUCAGUUGAGGAAGGGCGUUACUACUUUCGUCACAUGACUGGAGUUCAUGGAAUUGAGCCAAGGACAGAGCAUUUUGGAUGCAUGGUUGACUUGCUUGGGAGGGCUGGGAUGCUGGAGGAGGCAAGAAAGCUUAUUGAUGAGAUGCCUAUGAACCCUGAUGCAACUGUACUAGGUGCUCUUCUGGGAGCCUGCAAGAACCACAGAAGCAUUGUGGUGGGAGAGGAAAUAGGGAAAAGAGUAAUUGAACUUGAACCUCACAAUAGUGGUCGCUAUGUGCUACUGGCUAAUUUAUAUGCCAAUGCUGCUAAAUGGGAAGAUGUUGCAAACGUGAGGAAAUUGAUGAGUGAUAGGGGAGUAAAGAAAAUUCCAGGUAUUUCCGUGAUCCAAUUAGAAGGCACUGUAAAUGAAUUUGUUGCUGGUGGAAGGACUCAUCCUCAAUCUAAGGAAAUAUAUGCUGAAGUUGAUGAGAUGCUGGAACGUAUAAAAUCUUCUGGCUAUGUGCCUGACAUUAGUGAAGUGCCGCAUGACCUUGAUGAGGAGGACAAGGAGAACUCCUUGCAUUAUCACAGCGAGAAACUUGCCAUUGCAUUUGGAUUGUUGAGGACUAAACCAGGGGAAACUCUUCAUAUCUCAAAAAAUUUGCGUACAUGUAAGGACUGCCAUCAAGCAAGCAAACUCAUAUCGAAGUUGUUUGAUAGAGAAAUAAUCAUCAGAGAUAGACAUCGGUUUCACCAUUUUAAAGGGGGCAAGUGCUCUUGUAAGGAUUACUGGUAAGGGUAGGUUGGAAUGAGUGAUCGAUUGUGUUGAUUGGAAAUGGAUAAAUGGCCGGCGGUGUAGGUUUUGUGUAUCACACAAGGUCUUGGCUGCUGGGUUGAACUUUUGCCAUCUAAUGCAGUUCCAACUUCUGCAGGAGAAGAUAAUGUAACUGAUCAAUGCCAGAGCUUUAUGCAGGUCACAGUGAAUUAUGAAUCAUAACAUAGCCAUCGGUCUUAGCAUUCGAAGAUGUGUACGGAAAGCCUUGACCCUUAAGGAGAUUCAGCUCUUAUAUGAGGAAAGCCUUGACAUGGAGAUUGAAGCUCUUAGUAUUAGUUGUUAAUUAGUCCAAUGGCCAAGCUGCACUUUUUUCAGAAUAUGUUCCGAGGAUCAACUUUUACUUGAGGAAUAUAAUCUUUCAUUCCAAGCAUAAUAGAGAACACUUCAAUUCUUGCUUGGUGAAGGGAAAUAUUUUUCUUUCUUUUUUUUUAAAAAAAAAAAAAAAAAAAAA